UAAAAUAACUAAAUCUUAUUGGUUGGAUGAACCUGUAAAUUCACCUAGGGGUGAAUCUCUAAAUUCACCUAAAGGGUGAACCUAAGAAUUUCUCGAACAAAUUUGUUCCUCACUAAAAUUGAUAAAGAAUAAUUUUUUUUUCACUCCUAUAAUUUUAUUUUUCUGUAUUUUUUUUCUGUUCAUUCCUAAUGUUCCUGUAAUGGUCAGCAAUUAGAUUCUAACUGGUUUAACUUAGGUGUAUAAAAAAAAAGGAAUAAAUAAUGUAUAAACGAAAAGUAUGAACAUUAUCCAAUAACACGGGUCUAUAAAUUCUCCCACAACCACUAAAUUCACUCUCACUUCUAUCAAACGCCUCUUGGUCCUUUGGUCUUUUUAUUCAUCACCAUCUCUCUCUUAGUCUCUUCUUCUCAUUUCUCUCGCUCUCUCUUAUACAUACACACAAACAAAGCUAAUGGACUGAAAUAUAUAAUAAUAAAAAGGAACAAAUAAUGUCAAAUAUAAUGAAGAAGAGGUGUAAUGAAAAUGAAGAGAGCGCAGAGCAGAGAAAAGGGCCUUGGACGCUUGAGGAAGACACUCUUCUCACUAAUUACAUUGCCCAUAACGGUGAAGGCCGAUGGAAUCUGCUCGCCAAAUCUUCUGGGCUAAAGAGAAAAGGAAAAAGUUGCAGAUUACGAUGGUUGAAUUACCUUAAACCCGACAUAAAGCGGGGGAAUCUCACUCCUCAAGAACAACUCUUAAUCCUCGAACUUCACUGUAAAUGGGGUAAUAGGUGGUCAAAAAUUGCGCAGUAUUUACCGGGAAGAACGGACAACGAGAUCAAAAACUAUUGGAGGACUAGAGUGCAGAAACAAGCACGCCAGCUCAAUAUUGAUUCCAGCAGCCACCAGUUCUUGGAAGUUGUCCGUAGUUUCUGGGUUCCAAGAUUGAUCCACAAGAUGAAAGAUUACUCAAACACCAACAGUAAAGCUCCUCCUACGGAUUCACUUGGACCCGUCGUACAAGACAAUAAUUUCUCACAUAAUUCGGGUUUAAACAACAUAGAUUGUUCCACUUCCAUGUCUCAAGAUCUGGCGAAAAUUUCACAGUUAAUGGAUUUGUCUGAUCUUGAAACCACUAAUUCAAUGUGCUUGGAAGGAUCACGAGGGAGUAGUAAUCAAUAUGUGAACGAAGAUCAUAGGUGCUUAGAGGAGGAGUACAUAGUGACCACCAUGGGUAAUUCAGACAUUUUACCAUUGCAGGAUUGUCAUGUAGGAGUAGCAUAUUCGACUUACGAGGAGGAUGUAACACAAGAUCCAAUGUGGAACAUGGAUGAUAUUUGGCAGUUUGAGGAGUACGCACCUUUUAAUUAGGUUGUGGAACCCAUUGAAAUGGAUGUUCUUACAACCUCCAAGGAGUUUCUAAGUAUUGUAUCAUCUUUUUUGGCUUGUUGUAGUUUAUAGUUAAAUCUUGAUUAAUUGAUAUAAAGUUCAAAGAAGGUUAAUAAAAAACUGUUACGUAACAUUAA